AUGAGAGAAGUAAUAAGUAUUCAUGUAGGACAAGCUGGUAUACAAGUGGGAAAUGCGUGCUGGGAAUUAUUUUGUCUAGAGCAUGGAAUACAACCUGAUGGUCAAAUGCCUUCCGACAAAGCUGCUAGAGCAAAUGAUGAUGCUUUUAAUACUUUUUUUUCAGAGACUGGAGCAGGCAAACAUGUUCCACGUUGUGUUUUUGUUGAUUUAGAGCCAACUGUCGUAGAUGAAGUAAGAACUGGAACAUAUCGUCAAUUAUUCCAUCCUGAACAAUUAAUAUCAGGAAAAGAAGAUGCUGCAAAUAAUUUUGCAAGAGGUCAUUACACAAUAGGUAAGGAGGUCAUAGAUGUAUGUUUAGAUAGAAUAAGAAAAUUAGCUGAUAAUUGCACAGGUCUACAAGGAUUUUUAAUGUUUAGUGCUGUUGGUGGUGGUACAGGAAGCGGUUUUGGGUGUUUAAUGUUAGAAAGAUUAUCAGUUGAUUAUGGAAAAAAAUCAAAAUUAAAUUUUUGCUGCUGGCCUUCUCCUCAAGUUUCAACUGCUGUAGUAGAGCCAUAUAACUCAGUUUUAUCAACACAUUCUUUAUUAGAGCAUACUGAUGUUGCUAUUAUGCUUGAUAAUGAAGCUAUUUAUGAUAUAUGUAGAAGAAAUUUAGAUAUAGAAAGACCAACUUAUACAAAUUUAAAUAGAUUAAUAGCUCAAGUGAUUUCUUCAUUAACAGCAUCAUUAAGAUUUGAUGGUGCAUUAAAUGUUGAUGUAACAGAAUUUCAAACUAAUCUAGUACCAUAUCCUCGUAUUCACUUUAUGUUAUCCUCGUAUGCACCAGUUGUAAGUGCUGAAAAAGCAUACCAUGAGCAAUUGUCAGUAUCAGAAAUUACCAAUUCAGCAUUUGAGCCAGCAAACAUGAUGGCAAAAUGUGAUCCUAGACAUGGUAAAUAUAUGGCUUGUUGUUUAAUGUACAGAGGAGAUGUAGUACCAAAAGAUGUAAAUGCAGCUGUUGCCACUAUAAAAACAAAAAGAACUAUUCAGUUUGUUGACUGGUGUCCUACUGGAUUUAAAUGUGGUAUUAAUUAUCAACCACCUACUGUUGUUCCAGGAGGUGAUUUAGCAAAAGUUAUGAGAGCAGUUUGUAUGAUUAGUAAUUCUACCGCUAUUGCUGAAGUAUUUUCAAGAAUGGACCAAAAGUUUGAUUUAAUGUAUGCAAAAAGAGCUUUUGUUCAUUGGUAUGUGGGAGAAGGUAUGGAAGAAGGGGAAUUUAGCGAAGCAAGAGAAGAUUUAGCUGCCUUAGAAAAAGAUUAUGAAGAAGUAGGCAUAGAAUCAAAUGAAGGUGAAGGAGAAGAUGAAGGAUAUGAAGCAGAUUAUUAA